ACCCUGGCGUUCCAUGGAGCCCUGGUUGAGAAACCCUGAUGUAUGAAACGAAGCCCUUGUAUUUAGAAGAUAAACACCUUCCCUCAGAUAGUGAGAGAACCCCUCAUAAUGGGCACAGCGGGUGUACAGACCUGGGAACUCAGCACAGGGAUGGUGGGAACCCCUUAUAAUGGGCACAGCGGGUGUACAGACCCGGGAACUCAGCACAGGGAUGGCGGGAACCCCUCAUAAUGGGCCUUCAUCAGACACUGACAGAUCAGACA